UACUGGAAGCGCCGCCCUCUCCCAGCCGGGCUGUCCGUGUCACCUUAAAGCGGCUCACCUACCCGCUCCGUCCUCAGUUCGUCCGCCCUGCUGCGCUUGUUUCGGAGAGACGUUAGAGCAUUACCGCCUCCUCUGUGUGUUUUCCUCCUUAAACAUGGCUCAUGUCAACACCUGCCUCAAGCGCACCUUCACCAUCUUCAACAUCUUCUUCACGAUUGUUGGCGGCGCCAUCAUCGCGCUCGCUCUGCUGUCUCAGGUCCUCACCAACGUCAAUGGAGGAGACAAACUGGAGGUUCGGACCACCGGCCUCAUCGUCCUCUACAUUGUGGGCUCUGUUACCAUGGUGAUCGCCAUCUUAGGAGCCUACGGAGCCCACAGAGAGAACAAACUGUGCCUGGUUGUGUUCUUGUUCUGCAUGGUCAUCGGAAGUCUGCUGAUGCUCCGAACUGGAAUCCCUGCUGCCAUCGCCCGCCCUCAGGUGGAGGGAGUGUUGGAGGAUAAGUUCCAUGAGUUUCUGCCUCUGGACAAAGCGCCACAAGAAGUGAAGAACAUGGCCGAAUCCCUGCAGAUCCAGCUGCACUGCUGUGGUCUGUUCAGCUAUGAGGACUGGGAGCAGAACAUCCCCGACUCCUGUCUGUGCAGCCAGCAGGAGGAGAUGGAGGGCAGGUGUCAGACAGUCAGCUACAAUCUUCUCAUGAUGCCCAGGAAGUCCGUGUACACCAAGACCUGCUUCCCCGUCAUCCUGCACUACGCCCUGUUGCUCGCCGACAUCGUCAUCGGCGUCGUCUUCACGCUGGCUGUUCUGGCGCUGCUGGGCAUGGUUCUGUCCUCCAUCAUGAUCCACCAGAUGCGGUACCCCGACAGGCCCACCGUCCUGCUGUCGGUGCCCGCCAUCUUCACCACGCCUCCUCCCAAAUACCAGGAGCUGCACAACCCCCCUCAGUACUAGAGGAGCAACAGCACCACCUCUCUGCUCUGUUGUUAGCUUGAUGUACAGGUUGAGGAGGGCGUGUCGUUCAUGUUGUUUCUGUUUAUUCUUGAAUUAGAGGUGAUAUGUGCAGUUUGAGGGCCUCGUGUCCAAAGUGCCUUGUGUUAGCGUGAGGAGUCCAGACUGAGGGCUCCACUCAGAUCAAUGGAAACUGUAAGGAAAAACACCACUGGGUUUCUUUUCUACUGCGAAGCUGCACUGAAAUAAUCUGCAACAACUCUAUUCUUUUUAAACUGGUUGAGAGUGAAGCUGAUUGGUCGGUGCCGUGGGGGAUGGGCUUUAUUGAUGGCUGCCAUGUUUGUCAGCAGAGAAUUGUUUUGUGUUUUUUCUGUUUUUCCUCAUCAUCACAAGAUUAUUUCACAAGAAAACAUCAGAAAGAAAAGCACUUUGGUGUUGUAAAAUGUUUUGUUUUCAGCAUUUAGUGCAGCAGAUUGCCUUAAAAGUAAAAACCAAAAACAUGCUCUGUAGAAGCACUGAUGUAGACCACAGAACCUACAAUGCCUGUAAUUAUAAUGAAUUAUUUCUGAUAGUGAAAAGAUGAAUUUCCCCUUUUUAUUAUGAUUCCCGUUUCUGGAUGGACUGAAAGGCGUUAAUCCCCCGGGCUGCUGAAGCUGUCACUCUCUCCUCAGUUUGUGUCGUAUGUAUCCUGUUCUUCCUAUUACUGCAUGUUGCAGCAGGUCUUUCCUCUGUUCCUGACAACACCUGCCUACAACGUUAAUCACAGCGUCAUACACUUUAAGCAGCCCUUCAUAAUCCACAUUUCCCUGUAAUCCACCAUGACUGGAAAAAAAACCUGUUAAUGAGAAGUUAAGACUUUCAUUUUUGAAACUAAGCACUGUGUUGACGAAGCUUUACAGGUGAAAUUAAAAGCAUGUGCAGUUCAGUUAAAUUUAUUUUUUAUAAUGAAAAGUGUAAAAAAUGUCUGAAGAAAGUCACUUUAUAAGAAGAAUAAACCAGUUAAUGUAUGUGAAGCUGGAGAAAAGGGAAAUAUUCUGAUUUUUCAUCCUUCCUUUGUUUGUUGAGCUUAAUUUCUUCUUCUGUGAGGUUACUGUAGAUCCUUAAAUAAAAACUGGAGUAGCUAUCA